UCACUAUCGCACAGCGUUUAUAUAUUUGAAAAAUGAUCAUUAUACAAUGUCACUAUUUGCAUUUUUACAGAUAUCAUGACCUCUUUUUCACUUCGUUCGAUAUUUUUUGUUCUUAAUGAUCAUUUUCUGCAAAUUGAUUGAUUACAUAUAAACUUGAUUUUGAUCGUUCUGUUAUAAAUAUGUACGUCGAAUACAAGAAUGAAAAAUAAGGAAACAAGAUGCAGCAGGACGCUCCAAAUUCAUUAGAAGUUAUUAGCAUAACUAAAAAGAUAUUUAAGGUACUUCCUAAAAUAUUUCAAAAACUAACAAAUAGAGAAAUGAUGUCAAUGGGUGGUCUUUUUUUAGCGAGGGAUAUGAUUGUAUAAGCAAAUUUUUUAAAAAUCCAUUUGAUUAAGUAACAUAUUACAACCUAGUACUAUCUCGGCAUGUUCAGAAAAUGUCGAACGGUCUGGCUACAAUUGGAAAGAGCCGAAGAGAGAGAGAAUCUUUUGAACCGUUUGGUAUCGGGCAACUCAAACAUUUGGGUGGACUUGAAAAAAGUCGAGCAGUCUUUCAUCAAGUGAUAAUUUUCAAGUAUAUAAAUGUGUGCAAUAGAGGACCAGUGACACUAAACUCCCUUUUUGUUUUCGCCUAUAACUAACUCUAGUUCCAACAAUAACUCAUAGAUGGCAUGUGUAAUGUUUUGAUUGUUAUAAAACGUACGCGGGACUGUUGCUAUUUUGUACACUUUCACUGGAACGAAUUUGAAGUUACGUUAUUCACUCUCCUGCACCUCAUUUGUUUUAACAUGUCUUCAAAGUUACCUCGCACUCUCAAAAUUCUUUAUUAUGAUUUUUAUGGAAAAUCAGUCAUGAGAACCACAAAAGUUACUCCUUUACGGCUGAUAUCCACCGGCUCUACUUUUCGAAACCGGUUAUCUGAACAUACCGAACAGUUAAAAAAAUGUAAUCUAGUAAAACAAUCAACAGUUGAUCCCGCAGAUGUAGAGUUCCAUUCUAAAAUAAGCAGUAGAUGGUGGGACACUAAUGGUGAAAUGAGUUGUUUGCAUUUGUUGAAUCCUCUUAGAGUACAAUUUGUUCGAGAUGGUCUAGCAAAUACAGGAUUCAAAAUAAAAUGUCCUUAUUUGCCAUUAGAAGGGAUUAAAAUAUUGGAUGUUGGUUGCGGUGGAGGAAUAUAUUCGGAAUCUUUAGCUAGAACAGGAGCAAACGUGACUGGGAUUGAUGCUUCUUCAGAGUUAAUAACAGUUGCAAAAGGACAUGCUGCUUUGGAUCCUAGUUUAGAUGGAAAAUUAAACUAUGUUCAGACAACUAUUGAAGAUUUUGCAUUGAUUAAUAAAGGAGUAUUCGAUGCUGUUGUUGCUUCAGAAGUUAUAGAACAUGUAAAUAAUAAGGAAUUGUUUUUAAAGUCCUGUGUAAGUACUUUAAAAUCUGGAGGAUCAAUAUUUCUUACAACUUUCAAUAAAACGUUGUCUUCGUGGCUUGGAGGCAUAAUCACAGCUGAACAUAUUUUAAAGCUAAUACCAAAGGGCACCCAUGAUUGGAAUAAAUUUGUCACUCCUGCCGAAAUGCAGUCCAUAUUAGAAACAUGUGGUUGCAAGACAAAAUUGAUUCAUGGACUAUUUUACAAUCCUUUGAAAAGAGAGUGGUCUUGGAGGACCUCAACGGCGAUCAAUUAUGCACUUCACGCGGUAAAGAGAAAAGAAGAGAAAUAAAUGACAUAUCCUAUUC